AGUCAAUCCUCUUUGAGUCCAACUGUCUCGUCCACACUCAUUGGUCACUCAUCGGAGUAGUUUCCGGAGGAUUGUGAAAGUGAUUGAGAAUAAAAAUGAACGUGAUCACGAAAUCCUCAAAUAUCUCUUCGCUGUCGCGUGCAGUUGCUGUGACAGUAUCGAAUUCUGGGCCUGUGGCAGGUACAAGCAAAGCACCCAAGAAAAAAAUUCCAACCCCACCAACGAUUUCGCGUGAGACAAGUUGGACAAUCCGGCAGGAUCUUUUUGACGGACCAAUUCGCGUUGGCUCAGGACCUGCUGUGAGCACUCAAGUGGUCCAAAAGCGUCUUGCACACACUGAUAUUCAGGUCCCAAAUUUCGAUGCAUAUCGCAAGGAUUUCCUGAAGGAUCCCACAGUCAGGAGCAAUGAUCGAGUGCCUCAGAGAUCGAAUUUUUCGUAUCUCAUCGCUGGAGCCACGGGACUGGCGACGGCUUAUGGUGCAAAAGGCCUCGUCAGGGAUCUCGUCGCAACGAUGGCAGCCUCAGCUGACGUACUAGCCAGUUCCAAGAUCGAAGUCAAACUCAAUAACAUCCCUGAGGGCAAGAGCAUGGUUUUCAAGUGGCGAGGAAAGCCUCUCUUCGUUCGUCACAGGGAUCAGAAGGAGAUUCGGAAAGAAGAAGAAGUGAAUGUCACGAGUCUCCGAGAUCCCCAGCACGAUCGUGAUCGUGUCCAGCGGCCUGAGUGGCUGAUUGUAAUUGGAGUGUGCACCCAUCUGGGUUGUGUACCAAUAGCCAAUGCUGGAGAUUACGGUGGUUACUACUGUCCAUGUCAUGGUUCCCAUUACGACGCAAGUGGUCGCAUCAGAAAAGGACCAGCUCCACUCAAUCUCGAAGUUCCCGCGUACGAAUUCGUCGACGAUUUGGUCAUCGUUGGGUAAUUUCAAAGAUUAUAUAGUAGCAAGAAAUUCACUACUAUUAAUGCUGUCUGGAGAUUAAUUAUCGCAUUGAUUCACUUCAAUCCUUAUCGAUUUUCAUGUUAUACGUGUGGAUUGAUCCAGGAGGUGUACAGUAUACCAUAUUAUAGAAAGAAAUAAAUAAAAAUGAUGAGUAGUUCAGAAA